AUGGAGAAAAUGUGUCGCAGUAAUGUGUCAUUUCAACAUACAUCCCAGCUAGCAACUGCUAAUGUGCAUGGUUAUAAGUUGCUUAACACGGGUUCUCUUCUGUCCUCAUUAUUUGAUUCUCACGUCCCAGUUAACCCAGUUUUUGAUUCCUCACAUAACAAAUCCAACACUCUUCGCAGUAUCUAUAGUCGUGAUUCAUCAUUAUCCUCUCAGUUGAGGGCAAUUCCUGUCUGUUCGAAAAAGAAUAGCUGCAUUUUACGACCAUUUCGUCGAAAAAAAACAAAGCGAAGUUCGUCAUUGGGAAACACUCCGAAAAUUGGUGGCGAUCUUCCUGGGAUACAAAAUAAAAGUGGAGAUAAUACAAUGAAGCGAACCGCAUCUCCAAUACUACCUGAUGGUGCGACGCAAGCUAAAUAUGAUCCUCUUGUGUGUAAUGAAGAAGUUGAUAUGUCUGGCUCGCAUCGCAUUUUGAAUGCCUUCUUUGGCACUGAUGUACAGGAAAGAGACGAUAAAAAGUCGUUAUUUAAACAUUCUGGUUCAUUAAUUGGCGAUUCUUACUCUGUUUGUUCUACGAACGCCUCAGUAAGCAUGGAAAUACAAUCUGUAGAUUGCACCAAUGGCAAUCAAAUGGCUGAUGUCCCUACUGCAACCACUUUCAUUGCUGUUCAUCCGCAUAGUUCAAAGUUUGAAAAUGAACGUAUCGCUUUGUUUGACUUCGGCUCUCAGUUUGGGAAGGUAAUCGAUCGUCGAGUUCGUGAACAGAAUGUUUUCAGUGAAAUUUUGCCUUUCAGCACAAAAGCAACGGAUCUAAUUGAAAAAGGCUGCUACAAAGCAAUUAUAUUGAGUGGAGGACCAAAUUCUGUGAAUUCAUGUGGUGGACCUCAUUUGGAUCCUGCGAUAUUCACAUGUGGUAUUCCUAUCCUCGGAAUCUGCUAUGGUUUCCAGCUGAUCAACAAAGAGUUUGGAGGAAAUGUAAGCAAGGAGUGUGUGCGAGAAGAUGGACAGAUUGAAAUUGAUAUUGAUAGCACCUGCCCACUGUUUAAAGGGCUCACGACGAAGCAGAAAGUAUUGCUUACUCAUGGUGAUAGUGUUACGACACGAACGGUUGCUGAUGACUUUAAAGUUGUGGGUAGAAGUCAACUUUUCGUGGCAGCAAUAGCUAAUGAAAAGCGAAAAAUAUAUGGCUUGCAAUUCCAUCCUGAAGUAGAUUUGUCCAUCAACGGUAGGCAGAUCUUGCAUAAUUUUCUGUACGGCAUUGCUGGUGUAAAAGGAGAUUUCACAAUGGGUAGCCGUGAGCAGAAAUGUGUCCAAGAAAUUCGUUCUGUGGUUGGUGAUAAAAAAGUGUUGGUUUUGGUUUCGGGUGGAGUAGACUCAACGGUAUGUGCUGCGCUUCUUCACAAAGCUUUAGGAAGCAAUCGAGUAAUUGCCGUGCAUAUCGAUAAUGGUUUCAUGCGUUUCAAUGAAAGUGUUCGGGUUGCAGAAUCUUUGAAUGAUUUGAAUUUGAAAGUUCUAAAGUACAGUGCCUUCUAUACUUUUAUGAAUGGUCAAAUAUCAUUUGGUGGCAAAUUUUCAAGGCCACUAAUGAGAACAGUGCAACCCGAACUGAAGCGGAAAAUAAUUGGUGAUACAUUUAUGCGAGUGAAGGAUAAGAUAAUAGAGGAACUGAAAUUAGAUAAGGAUAUAUUUCUGGCUCAAGGUACACUUCGACCAGACCUGAUUGAAAGUGCCUCACAUCUAGCCAGCUCUCAUGCAGAUGUAAUCAAAACUCAUCAUAAUGAUAGUCCACUCGUUCGUGAAUUAAGAGACGUGGGUAAAGUAGUGGAACCUUUAAAGGAUUUUCACAAAGAUGAAGUGCGCGAAUUAGGAAGGUCACUGGGAUUACCAGAACAUAUUAUUCAUCGGCAUCCUUUUCCAGGUCCCGGUUUAGCUAUUCGGAUUCUUUGUGCCGAGCGGGCAAUGAUUACUGAUCUUGAUCUUUUUGUUACUACUCAGCACCACUUACAUUUAAUUGCGAAUCUCCCUCACUGUAAUAAGAAGUCAGAAGAAUAUGGUACCAUAAUUCAGCACAUAUCGACGAAUGACUUAGAAAUUAUCGGUCAUCAUAAUUUUGAAAUUGCAACUACUCUGUUGCCUGUACAAUCCGUUGGUGUACAAGGAGAUGGACGUUCAUAUGCGUACGCUGCAGCGUUAUCUACGAACGAAAGGCCUAUACCAUGGAAUUUACUAGAGCAACUAGCCCGCGUUAUUCCUCGCUUGCUUCACAAUAUAAAUCGAGUAGUUUACGUUUUUGGAUGCGCUAUUGAAUAUUCAGUUAUCGACGUAACGCGUACAUAUCUGAAUAACUUUACUAUUUCACUUGUAAAGUGGGCCGACAGAAUAGCUUAUGAUGUUCUGUGUGGAUUAGACAAAAAUGGGAAAAGAGAUCCUGCCUUAGAAAUAUGUUUGCAAAAGAUACAACAGAUGCCAGUGGUGAUGCUUCCCUUACAUUUUGAUAGAGAUCCAAUAGAAAGAAAGACAUCGGUUCUUCGAUCCUUUGUCCUUCGUCCGUUCAUAACUCACGAUUUUAUGACGGGCGUUUCUGCUUUACCUGGAAGAGAUAUUCCUGAAAAGAGUAUACUGGAAAUAGUACGGCGUAUCUCAGAAUUCGUACCACUGACAUCACGCGUCAUGAUUGACCUUACAUCGAAACCUCCCGGCACUACAGAAUGGGAAUAA